AUGGCCGAAGGCUCAACCCCUCGCCGGGCUCGAAGAGCUCAGACGGGCGGCUACCUGCCGAUAGAGGACUACGGAAUGAUCGGCAACAUGCACACGUGUGCGCUGGUAGGCAUUGAUGGCAGUGUGGAUUUCAUGUGCUGGCCCGAUUUCGACUCACCGUCUGUCUUCUGUCGUUUGCUGGACAAGGACAAGGGCGGCUACUUUAGUAUUGCGCCUCCAGAGAAGCUCCAGUGCACUACCAAACAGCAAUACCUGCCCGGGUCGUGUAUUCUGCAGACCCGAUACAUUCAUGAAGACGGUGUUGUGGAUCUGCUUGACUUCUUCCCGCGGCCCAAGUCCGCCCUGGUCACCACCAAGGAGUACAGGCAGAGCUCCUAUCAUGUGGAAAUAUUUCCCGCCUUCGCAUAUGGCCUUGAGCCGCACACUACUACGCUGUACGAUAACAUCGAUUCGCAGAGCAAAUCUGCCACCUUUCACAGCAAAGAUGUCCGGCUUCAGUUGGAUGUGGUCCUACAGCAGGGAGACGACGGCAAUGGAUGCCCCAACGUCACAUUCAAACGAGUGAAGAGGGAGGGUAUGCUCGGCGAAGGUCUCUUUGGCCAGGUUCAAGUGCAUGAAGGCGAGGCCAUUUCCUUCGUGCUGAGAAACGACAUUCCGGAUCACAUCACGGCGCGGAUUUCCACUUCGGUACUUGACAGUCAGCAGCAUGAUACCCAGACCUUUUGGCACAACUUCAACCGGCAGUCAAAGUACAAGGGUCGUUGGAGGGAGGUUGUGGCUCGAAGCCUCAUGAUUUUGAAAAUGCUGACCUACGAGCCCACCGGCGCCAUUGUGGCAGCGCCAACUUUUUCCAUUCCCGAAGAUAUUGGCGGUGUGAGGAACUGGGACUACCGGUAUUCGUGGGUGCGCGAUUCCAGCUUCACCAUCUACAUCCUCCUUCGAUUGGGAUUCAGGGCCGAGGCAGAUGCAUACAUGGACUUCAUUAUGGAUCGCUUCGUGAAAUCCCGCGGUCCGGACGGGGGGUUGCCCAUCAUGUUCACCAUCCGCGGCGAGACGGACAUUCCUGAAAAGACAUUGGACCACCUUGACGGCUACCGAGGCAGUAGGCCGGUUCGAAUUGGUAACGGCGCUGCUUUUCAUCAGCAGUUUGACAUCUAUGGCGAGCUCAUGGACGCCAUAUACCUGUACAACAAGUAUGGCAAGCCAGUCCCUUGGGAUGUGUGGUGUGCUGUGAGAGAAUUACUGGGUUAUGUGUUGACCAUCGUCAAUGAUCCCGACAUGUCAAUAUGGGAAGUUCGUGGCAACAAACAGCACUUUACUUAUUCCAGGAUUAUGCUUUGGGUCACCUUUGACCGCGGCCUGCGACUUGCCGAGAAGCGAUGCUUCCCAUGCCCCAACCGUGCCAAUUGGCUGGCGGCCAGAGAUGGGAUUUACGAGGAAAUAAUGGAAAAAGGUUACAAUACCGAGAUGAAGGCUUUUAUACAGAGCUACGAAAACAGGACCGUUUUGGAUUCGUCUAUUCUCAUAGCCCCCCUCGUAUUCUUUAUUUCGCCCUGUGAUCCUCGAUUCGUCAAUACACUUGACAGGAUUCUACUGCCUCCCGACAAGGGGGGUCUAACGAGCGCUGGCUUGGUGUUUCGCUACGAUACGGAAUUGUCAGACGACGGUAUAGCUCAAUAUUGCUCCCAGAACCCAUGGCAUGACGCUAAUGAAGACGCCACAGGCGUUGGCGGGCGAGACGGCGCCUUUAGCAUGUGCACCUUUUGGCUGGUCGAGGCCAUGACCCGGGCUGGUGUGUAUGAAAGGAAAUACCUUGUUCGCGCAGUCAACCUGUUUGAGAACAUGCUCUCAUUUUCCAACCAUUUAUCCAUGUUUUCAGAGGAAAUUGCUCGAAGUGGCGAGCAACUGGGCAAUACGCCCCAGGCAUUUAGUCACCUUGCCCUAAUCAGUGCUGCGUUCAACUUGGACCGAGCAGCAGAAGGGUGGACGGGCCAGCAGUGA